AUGUCCUCCACCUCUCAGCAUAGCCUGGACCCACGGUCACCCCCUCAAUUCUUUGCCUACUCCGCCAUGCCUUUUGACGCUAGCGACGACGAUUCUCCUCUAUCAUCCCCUCCCUCGCCUGACCCUGCCACAGCCGGCGCGUCGGCCCUCACUGACGUCCAAAACCUUGUUCUUGAAGCUAUCAGACGACUCGAAGGUUUGGAAAGCGCAAUCUCAUGCAACGAACAGCGGAUUGCCGUUCUAGAGGAGAGUCUUGCCAUUUAUAAUGAGGACGUGAGUCAAGCCCAGAAGAAAAUGCGAGCGUCGGCCGUUGAUAUUAACGUACACCAGAACACGGUUUCUUCGCUGGAAAGUCAUAUAGGACAACUAGAAGAAAAAAUAGAAACCCUCCACGAGAGCGUCUCAAAGGGCUCUGAAAAACAAACAAACUCUUUGAGGGAAACCGAACAUCGACUCCUUACUGUACUCGAGAAUUACAAGGCUACCCAAUCACAGGCGACGCACGACAAAUUCACUUUGCUUCACAAAGACUUCGAUAUGGUCAAGAGCUUGCAGGGCGAUUUGAAGGGAGACAUCCAUCAAUUAUGUGAUAAGUUUGGUACGGCUGAUAAACUCAUCGAGGAGUUGACGGGUCAGUCGACCACCGUCUCAGAGCUUGUGUCUCAAGUGUUGUGCCUUCAGUCCCAGCACUCGAGCCUUUCUCAGGACAUGGAUGGUUUGCGCGAACAAAUCAACGAUGUCACAUCCGGUAACUGCCACUUCACUCUCGAAGAGGAGCUGUCGCGCUUUCCCUGCACCCCGGCCCUCGUCACCGAUACUGAAAAUCGCGAUAGUGGAGAUGUAUCAUUCCUCGAAACUGGGCUUUCAAACUUGCGGAUAUGCGACAACCCGUCAACGGACAAUACGCCUGCGCUAGUCGCUGCGGAGAAUGACCUUCCCCAAGGCGGCCGAUUCAUGAACACGACGAUGAAGCAGUUAUCCGCUGCAUCUCGAGAUGACUCCUCCGUUGGUAUUUGUGUCGAUACGACUGGCUCGUUACGUGAGUUGUCGAUUCGAGACUCGAAGGGGAGAACACGAGAGCAUAACUUCAAACGUCGUCUCAUUAAGACUCAGAGGUCAUCACCGUUUAAUUUCGAGUUCCUUUUUGCGGAUAUAAUGCAUGCGCUGGGUCUACGGAUCGCCAUGGUGGAGUUUUUCACUUGGGUGCAGCGCGGUACCGAGUUCCUUAGCUCUGGGACCUCUAUAUUUAUCGCUGUAAUUAUCCUGCUCCAGUGCUUUCCUUUGGUCAAGUCGGGGUCUUAUACUCGUGCGAGUCAGCACACCGAAGAAGGGUUUUACAUCAGAUGA